AUGUUUGCCAACGAGGGCAGCAAGGAGAACCAUGAAUUGAGAUUCCAUGAAGAUGAGACGGUUGACGAUGACGACAACGAUGGUGCUACUGCUGUUAACAAUAAUGCCGAUACUACUAAGAAGUUAGGUGGCAACAUAGAGAUCAAUGGCGUCGACAUUUGUAAUGAUGUUAAGCCUCAAUCGUCCUCCACUGCAACACCGAACAGCUCGUCGCCGGCUACUGUGAAAUAUAUCGAACUGGCCAGUGUUAACAAGAGGCUGAAGGUCGUCGCGCAAGUUGAAGGCAAAAGUGAUGAAAAGAAAUCCCCAGCUGUCUUGAGGAAAAAGAGAGGCAGGCCAAGAAAAGUUUUAAAGGUAGAAGAUGGCGACGACGACGACGACGACGACUACACACCAAGAAGCAGCGUCAACACACCAACUACAGCAACAACGCAUACACCUCAGACGAAUUCGACGUCAUCAACGGUCGUUACUCCCAAACGAAAGAGAGGCAGACCACCAAAACAAAAGCCAACCCCAGUUAUACAAUUGGCCGAUGAAGACGACGAUGAUGGGAACGUCAGUGAUGAUGGUAUUAGUAAUAAUAAUGAUAAUAAUGAGGAUGAUGAAGGUGAUGAAGAUGAGAGAAAGCUGAAAUUACUAUUGGAAAAGUAUAAAAGUUCCAAGAGAAAAUUUCAUGUGGAUAGUAUAGCAGAUCAUUCUGACAAAGAAGAUGAGGAUGAGGAAGAAGAUGAUGAUGAUGAUGGAGUGAAUGAUAGUUACGAUAAUGGGGGUCAUGGUGAUUUAUCUGGAGAAUUCAACAUCAGUGAUAUUGUUGCUGCCGAUGCUGAUGAAAACGAGGAUGAAUGUGACGUCACUAACAACAAUUGCGAUGAUAAUGACGAGCUUAUUGCUGCUAGUGAUGAUGAGAACGAAGAUGACGACGACGAUGAUGAUGAAAAUGAUUAUCAUAACAUGUUGGUUCCUUUUGAUUACUAG